AUGGAUCAGGCUGCAUCGCAGAUUAAACUGCAGAUGAAUACUAGUAGGAGGAGGGCUGCCGAUAGCGAGGUGAACCUUGGAGAAACCGCGCGCAAUGCGCUGAAACUUCUUUUUGAGUCGACCCCGGCACCGGAAAAGCGAAAGGAACUUCUAGCCGCCCUUGGAAACACGACAGAUAAGAAAGUCAUGAAGAAACCGAAAAACACCAAGGCUAUGCGCAACAAGACGGUGGUCCACGAGACUCUGGCCAUAUCAUUCAAUAGGCACGGAGAGCCAACUGACUCGGAUCAAGACAUCCUUUCCCAGCUUUUACAAAGAAGCGACGAAAAUGUCAACACACCCCACGGACUGCAGGACUUGUUGGCCCUCGGUUUUGAUGGACGAUCAAUAUUACAUGUGAUUCUAGACCCAACUACCUACGAUGAAGAAGAGCCUUUCGUUUUCAUGUUUGAGCGGCUCAAACCAUUCAUUCGCUUCCUUAUACGGCUUCAUCCCGGGCUACCGACCGUAACCGACAGCAGCAUGAGAACCCCUUUGUUUGCAGCCCUCAGCGAAACUGAAACAGAGCCCGAAGACCAGGCAUUGAGCCAGGAAACGAAGCAGAAAAUCGUCAGCUACAUGUGCGAAGCGAGUUCUGGUGGGCUGGGAUCCCAGUCUGCUAUCGACUCGCUGAGAGUAGUGUGCGGUGAUAGGCUAGCUCGAUGCCACGCCGCUCACGUAGCGAUUGAGAUCGGCGUUAGCAUACACGAGGACGUAGUCAAGCAAUUGAGCCUCCUACCGGCCAAGAUGGACAGAGGAGACAGCAAGGAUCGUUGCCUUGAGGUGCUCGACGGCAAAGGCAGGUCAUGCCUGCACAUAGCACUCACGUCGCCGUUCAGCGCGACCAAAAUUGCGUGGGCCAAGAUACUUGCCAAGCUGCAGCCUCAGCUUUUGAAAUCUACCUAUACAUCGGAUAACGACAAUAGGAAGACGUCCCUAACGCCGCUUCAGCAUUUCAGCGAACAGAGAAAUAAGGAUAAACAAGAACGGAAGAAGACACGUGGAAAGACGAGCAAGGAGGCAGACUCCAUGAAUGCAAAGCUGGACAGUCUGGAGGAUUUCCUCAAGCAACAGUGCCUAGCGACGUUUGACAAUGCCACUUGCAAGAGCAUUAUGUAUACUAGGAGUAACGUACGAGAAAUCAGCCUUGCUUUUGAAGCAGAAGACCCGGUGUCAGGAGAGUCAUUGAAACGGCAAAGCCAGCACUACAAGCUUGACACAACGAUCAGGACCGUGCAGAUACCCUCCAGGGUCAGCGUUACGUGGGAGGCUGCGGACAGAGACGCCUACGAGCAGGUCAGGUCCUGGGACUGUUUCGGCCGCACGGAUUUAUACUUGAUCUUCCACUGGCUGAAGAACCGCGACACAUUGCCGGUCAAAAAGGUUUUUGAGGUUAUGGUGGACGAUUUUGGGGACGAGAAAACACUACCACACAGCGACAAGGCGAUCGUUGAGUCCCUAAAGGACCUCCAAGUCGAAAUUUGGGAUUGGGCCCGCUUGGAUAUUCCGACAGAAGUGAUCUAUGAAGCGGCAGGAGACCAUGUGAAGACUGUAUACCUGUAUUGCAGCGGCUUGAAGGUGGUAUUAGAAGCCUGGGCAGACAGAAAUGGACUAGCAAGACUCAGGAACUUGGAGAAGGUCUACCUCGAGACCAACCAGGGCUUAGAGUCUAUGGAGACCAUGAAAGCGUACGUUGAAAAAUUCAAGAAAGACCUACCGCGGACGUUCAAAGAAGUCAACAAACGGGAACUCGUGGAAAUCCGCUGCGAUCCAAUCAAACCAGCACAGAAGAAAAAUUCAGGAACAGCAUCGGCGGCGUCUAAACUCAAGGAAGAGAGCGAACAGGGAUUCGCAGAGCAAGAUUGGCUGAAGUGUAUGGAUCAGUUCGCAGACAUCAUCGAGAUGUUGGAGAGAGAUAAGAAGAUGACUCCCAUCAAGGUUGCCCUGAUUGAUGACGGUGUCAAGUCUAGUUAUGCGACACUGGACGAUUCCAUUGAGCGCGGUGACUCUUGGGUGCACCAGCCGAAUCCGAGUCAGAGGAGGUCAAAGCAUGGGUAUUCGCAGAAUUACAACACAUCCGCUCACGGUCAUGGCACUGUAAUGGCCUACUACAUCUGCCGCAUGUGUCCUGGAGUUAGGCUCUACGUCGCAAAGCUUAAUCCAGAGCCCAAGCAUGGUGACGGCUCAGGCCGGGCGCUGGUCUCAUUUUCAAUCGAGUCAACAGUCGAGGCAAUCAAGUGGGCCGUGGCAGAGAAGGUCGACAUUAUCUCGAUGAGCUGGGCCAUCGAGGAGAAGGAAUUGGACUAUCAGACAAACAGGAUGGGUGCGCUGCGUGACGCGAUCAAGCUCGCGGCUGACAACAACAUCCUGCUGUUCUGUGCCAAUCCAGACAAGGGCGCUGGAUAUCCCGAGAACAAGUCUUACCCGAAGCAGCUGGACACCAGCCGGGUUUUCUGCAUCGGCGCGGCGACACAGGAUGGCACUCGCUGGGAGAAGAUCGACGUGGGCGAUGCAUCCUGCGACUACUUCUUGCCCGGCGUCGAACUCGGCUUUCCGGUAGAGAGUAGCGGCGCGCGCCGUGUAGGCGAGCCACCCACGGUGUGGGAAACCUAUAAUGGCAGUUCAUUGUCGUGCGCGUUGGCGGCCGGGCUGGCUGCCAUGAUCCUCCACUGCGCUCAAGUCAGCGGUAAGAAUGCGACUGAGGCCGAGUACACCUGGCUGAAGAGCCACGGGGGGAUGCGUAACGCCUUCAACAGCAUUCAUGUCACCCAGAAUAAGUGGUUGCCGGUGCGGAGAGUGUUCGGCCAUCCCUCCCUGGUAAAUGCGACUACUUCUACGGAGGCCACAAUGAAGGCCUUGCGGGAAGAGGUAGUUAACAGGUUCUUUAUGAAUAUGCCGCGUACUCAACUCGGACCGGAACAGUCGCCGGGGAAGCUAAGAACGCGACCGACUUUACGGGAGGACGAGAUUCAGUAG